GAGAAAAAAAUCGCGAAAAGUUGAUUACUAUUUAAAUCUAAAUGAUUAACUUAAUUUAGUUCAUUGUUUUCUCAUCUUUCUUACCUUUCAGUUAAAUUGUAACGAAAGGAUUAAAUCAUGAAUUACUUUUCUAUCUGUUUAAUUGUUGUCACUUUUGCCUCUGGUGUUUUAUCAGCAUCCGAUUCUUGUCAAAAGGAUAAAGCCUUUGACAUUGCCCUUUUGUCCGUUCAAUGGGCACCCGGUAUUUGCGCCAAUUCUGAUCGUAAAUGUGUUAAAUAUGGUAACGAAUUCACCAUCCACGGAAUGUGGCCUAAUUACGCCGACAAUUCGUACCCACAAUUCUGCUGCUAUCAACAAUACUUGAACAAAGGAGUUCUCGAUCCAAUCAGAAGUAAAAUGGAUGCUCACUGGCGAUCGUUAUACGACCAAGAUUCAUGGAGUUUCUGGAUCCACGAAUGGAAGAAACAUGGAACUUGUGCCAAAUUCUCCGCUCUCGUUGGACAAUUUAACUAUUUCAAUCGAACUCUCGAUUUGUUCGAAGAAUUGAAAUUAUCUUCAUGGUUAUCCGAGUCUGGAAUUAAACCAAGUGAAUCGGGUGUUGCUCUUGAAACUGUUCGAGAAGCUUUAAGAAAAGGAUUCACCAAACGACCUCAGAUCGCUUGUAACGGCUCAGGUUCGGGAUUACCUUUAAUGACCGAGAUCCGAUUCUGUUAUGAUCCAGAAAGUUUAAAACCAGUCGAUUGUCCAGCUGAAACUAAAUCAUGCAGAUCGAAAACUGGAAAAAUUGUUAUUAUUCCAGCUAACUAAUAAUCGCUGAUUGUCAACUAAUUGUAAUCAAUUAUCAUGAUCAUCAAUUAACUUUGAAAAUAAAAUAAGCAAAUCAAUCAAA